AUGGUCAACCCAAAUUUGAUCAGCCUGUUACCUGACCAGACCGACACACAACAAAGGAGUCUUUUGGAUGAGGCUGAUGAGCUGGUCCUCUCUUUUACCACUCAUAAGGUUGAGGACUGGAAGCUGGUUCUACUGUUCAUCCCAGUGGAUGACAACUGUUACUGUUCUGAACAGACUAGCACAAUGGUAGGAGCAGCUAUGCAGCAGUUGGAGAUGACUCUGGAGACACUGCAUAGAGAGCUGCAUCGUACCGUGGUCAGCGUUGUUGUGUGGGGAGGGCAGUCUGAGGUCAAACUUCCUCAAAAAGACAGAGGGUGCCAGUGCCAGGACACGCACAGUGCAGACGAACUCAAGCUUAUGAAAGCCAUUGUCAGCCAAGUCCUUCAGGAGUCUAUAGGUCGCCACCUAGCGGAGAAACAAUGGUAUAGCGACCGGGAUGACUUCACUGUGGUGCUGCAGGCCUCUGCCCUUCACACAGACAAUGCCUCCAUUCUUCUUCAGCCAAUAGGAGGUCAGAGUGAGUCGGAGCAUGAUGACAGCAUCACUAACAUUCUAUGCCCAAAUGAGGACCGCCCCUUCCUGCGGACAGAGAGAAACUCUCCCUCAGAAUCUCAAACAGAGGACCAAGCUAUGCCUGGCUACCUCUUGGACCCUAUCAUGGGUAGUGAAAUCAACUGUGAGGACCGAAACCCCUCCCCAUCUCUUCCUACCUCUGUUCAUGCUCUCCGGCCUGCUGAUGUUACAGUGGUGGCAGCCAUAGGCGAUUCUCUGACGGCUGCCAAUGGAGUCGGUGCUUCUCCCAACAACAUAUUUGAUGUCCUUCGCCAGUACAGGGGUCUGUCCUGGUGUAUUGGUGGAGAUGAGAAUAUCACUACUGUCACCACCCUUCCUAACAUCUUGCGUUCCUUUAAUUCCAAUCUGACCGGAUACUCGGAAGGGAUUGGGAAGCAGGACACCAUCAAAGCUUUCCUCAAUCAGGCUGUGGCAGGGGCAGUCAGCAGUGACUUGCCUGGCCAAGCACGCCGGUUGGUGGAAAUUAUGAAGAAUGACUCGCGCAUCGAUUUUGAGAAUGACUGGAAGGUGAUCACCCUGUUCAUAGGGGGAAACGACCUAUGUAGCCACUGCAAAAACACAGUGUUUUACUCCGCAGAAAAUUUUGUCUACCACAUCCAACAAGCUCUGGACAUCUUCCAUAACGAAGUGCCCCGUACCCUGGUUAAUCUUGUCGAAACCCUGCACAUUGUUCCGUUACGGAAACUGCACCAAGAUCGCAGUCUGAAGUGCCCGACCUGGCUUGUGAAUGUUCUGUGCAACUGUGUCCUCCCCCCUAAAGAAGGCUCCAAGCAGCUCCAGACCUUGGAUGACCUUAACCGAGCCUAUCAGAGAGGAUUGUGGGAGCUUGUAGAAUCAGGUUGCUAUGACACACACUCCAAUUUCACAGUGGUUCUGCAGCCGUUCUUCAGAGACGUGGUGAUCCCCCUGCUGGAGGAUGGCCGCCCUGACCGUUCGUACUUCACUCCAGACUGCUUCCACCUCAGUCAGAAGUCCCAUUCCUUGAUGGCACGUGCCCUGUGGAACAAUAUGCUGGAGCCCCUGGGUAGUAAGACCUACACACAAGACUUCAACUCAAUCCCCCCCCUCAAAUGUCCUUCCAAGACUUCCCCCUUCCUGAGGACCUAUCAGAACAGCAACUACACAUAUCAGGGCCCUGCCCCCACCCCUCCACCAAUCACGAACUGGGGAAGUGACUUCACCUGUGUGGACCGUGCACCAUCGAAUCCUGCCCCCACCUCAGUUCACAGGUUACGACCGGCGGAUAUCAAGGUCGUGGCAGCACUAGGAGACUCUACAACUGCAGGGGUGGCUGCAAAGGCGAAGAACAUCUUGCAGCUGGAGAAAGAGUACAAAGGGGUGUCGUGGAGCAUUGGAGGUGACGGGACCCUGGAGAAUGUCACCACCCUGCCCAACAUACUGAGAAUGUUCAACCCCUCUCUGCGUGGCUUCUCCAUUGGUCAGGGGUCAUGGCAGAAAGGCUUCAACAUGGCAACACCUGGAGCCAAAGUCUCAGACAUCCCAGUCCAGGUAGAAAAUCUGAUCAAGGCCAUGAAGAAAGACAAGAAGGUAGACUUUGAAAAGGAUUGGAAGGUGGUGACAUUAUUCGUCGGGGUCAGUGAUCUAUGUGAAUUCUGUGUUAAUCAGGACAACCUGACCCCUAAGAACUACAGUCAUCACCUGAUGCAGAGUUUGGACCUGCUGUACAAGGAGGUACCACGGGUGCUGGUUAAUGUCCUGGAGGUUCUGCAGAUUGAGGGAGUGAGAAGAAUCAAGGAAGAUACAGUGGGAUGCUUCGUGCUCCAGGGGUACAUGUGUCCAUGUAUCCUUUUGCCUGACGAGAACUCCCCCGAGCUAAGCGAGAUGAAGAGGAUCAACCGUGAGUACCAGGCAGAAACAGAGUACCUGGUCUCUACUGGCCGCUACGACAAGCGCAAAGACUUCACUGUGGUCAUCCAGCCCUUCUUCCAAAAUUCCAUCAUCCCUUUAACAGCGGAUGGGACGCCUGACCGGAGCUAUUUUUCUGCUGACUGUUUCCACUUCAGUGAGAGAGCACAUUCAGAGAUGGCCAUCGCUCUCUGGAACAACAUGUUGCAGCCGGUGGGCGGGAAGCAGGCUUACAACAACUUUACCCAUGACCGCAACAAGAUCCAAUGUCCAACUGAGGACAAACCCUUCAUCUUCACCAGGAUCAACAGCCUUCCCAUCAUCCCCACUACUGCCCCUACCUCUCUACCACCCACUACUUCAUCUAUCUCUCUGGCCACUACCCCAAGCAUGACGGCUACCCCCAUCACCACCACUACAGCCCAUACACCUCUGUGCUCUGAGCCCAUGCCAGUGUGGGUAGCCCCAGCACUUGGGGUGGCUGGCUUGCUGAUUGGCUGGGCUGUCACCUGGCUCCUCUUCUCCUACAGAGAAAGAAGGAAUCGGAAGGAAAAGAUAUAUAGCCGAGAGAAGAUAACCGAGAUGAAAGGAACUGAAUUCUAACAUGAAUCACAUGUAUGUGCACGUGUGCGGGUGAUGGAAUUAUGACCGAUGUGCACCCAAAAGUUCAACCAAGACUGAGACACAAAGGACAGGGACAAAGCACACGCAAAGUCUGAUAUAGUCUAUUGACUGUGACCAGGCUUUAAAGAAUUGCUCCCAUCAUUGUGGUUCUGUCACAGCUUGCCAUAUUUGGAGAACUUCAAUGGAGUUUAAUACCAGAUGUUACACUAAGUACACUGAAAUUAUUAACAGACAUAGAGGUUUAUAUUAGGAAGCAUGGGGAGGGAUACUGUACAGAUUUAGAUUCCAGGGCAUCCCCAUAUUCAAUUACUAAUCCACAAGCAGCUACUCAAAAUCUCGUACUAGAAAACAAACCAGAAAAGUCAACCCAUUUUGCCAACAGUAAUAUAUAGUUGUAUAUAGCAAUACCACAGGAUGAGGCCAAUAACCACCCCCCAACCUCCCCUCCACACACACAAAGAUAAACAUACAUACCAUUUAAGCAUUCUCAGUUUAAAAUGAUACUAGGUCUAUUGUGUAUGGAGGAUAAUGGCUGAGAUGUCUCUGGAAUCUGGAUUGUGUUUAAGAUACCACUGCUACCAGUCCACAUGGUCAGUUAUCUUCCUGUGACAUAUUAGUGGAGGAAUGGCACUACUAAAUGGCAUGUCAAAUGGAUUGCCACUGAUUCUAAAAUGCUCCUGGGUGCCCUCUUAACAACUAUGCACCUAGAUUUGGGGCCUUUGGAUUGCACAGGUCCAGACAUACGAAACCGCAAACCUAUUACAUUACAUUAAUAGCAUUUGGCGGACACUCUUAUCCAGUUGAUUAGACUAAGCAGGAGACAAUCCACCCCUGGAGCAAAGGGGCUAACGGCUGUGUGGAUCUUAUUGUGGCUACACCGGGGAUCAAACCACCGACCUUGCGGGUCAGUCAUGUACCUUAACCACUACGCUACAGGCCACCUAUGAACUACUUUA